AUGUGUGCCCUUCGGCCCUCAUCCGCCCUGUGUCUGCCGCUGCCAUCUGCUUCCACUCGCCCUACAGGGCUUUUACGUUUGGUCGAUGCAUUUGAUGCCGACCUGAUGAACCACACGGGAGCAACGCGAUCGCCGACUAUCGUCCUCGCGGACAAUAACCCAGCCUACUCGUAUGGCUUCGAGUCGCCGAAGGCAACAAAUUCCAGCGGAGGUUGGUUCGCCGGCCUAAAGGCGAAAAUCUCACAACUGGCAGGAAUUUCGGAGUGGAUGAGCCAACUUGGGAUUGGAGACAACCAACAACAACAACAACAGCAACAACAAGCAAUGUUGUCCUCAGCGACAGUUCCGGCUCCUCGCCAACAUGUGGAUGAGGACUCGAUCUCCUAUCAUUCCAUAUCACUUGAUGAUUGCGCAGCCAUGCCUGAGUGGGACGAUGAGCACUGGGACUUUGGCGCAUCAUUCUUAGCCGAUUUGGAUUCUUCCCACGUUUGGAAUGACACCUUGGAAAGACAACACUUCGGACCUUUAAAGGAUCUAGUCACGACAGGAGGCACGAGGGCCGAUGGUCAUAAUUUUGUGUCGAUCACUUUGAUGCAUCCUACAUGGUGCGAUAAAUGCGGUGACUUCAUUUGGGGUCUUCUGAAACGUGCAUCCAAGUGCGAAAAGUGUAACUACACUUGCCAUAGUCGAUGCAGAGAGCUCGUGACGUUGGAGUGUCGAUCAGCCGGCUCUUCGCUCUCAUCCGGAGAGUUCCCCUCGAUUUAUCCUAAGCUCUUAAAUGGCACAUUAGGUACCAUACCUAAGGAUUUGCAUUUACCACCAAUACCCUUACAUUCACCGUUUGGUGACUCUGAUAAGGAGAACGACACCAGCGCUGAGAACCCUCUCUUUUCGCCCUCAAAAGCGCCCCGUCCAGGGCCACUGUCUGCACUGGGCCAUCCAAUAAAUGAUAAUGUGCAACCUGAAGUUGUAAACGGACAGACUUUGCAAAUAUCAGAAGUUUACGUAAAGGAAGACACACCUUUCGAAUGGUCACCGGCCUACAGGGACGAACACCUCGCAGAACGUAUAGAAGACUAUAAUAGAACUAGCGACGGUUUAUGUAUGAAGAUGAGUGAUGACGGCGAAACAUUUUCUGGACAUAUCCAAAUCCAUAUGAAUUUAACUCGACCGAUCAGUGUCGUUGCUGGCGAAAAACCGCCAACGGUGUACGAUGUUGUGAAUACUGGAAAAUCAACGAUGUCGUCACUACGGACCAUCACAUCAUUUUUCUUGCCGAGGAACACGGUGAAGACGAUCAACAUCAACAGCACAAUGACAACAAGGCAGAUGAUUGUCACUUUGCUGCGCAAAUUUCGAGUAGCGGAUAAUCCAAGGAAAUUCGCUUUGUAUGAAUGCAGUUACGAGAGCGACGAAGAGACUCCGACAUUACUUAGGAAAAUGACUCGAAUAUCGGACGAUGUUUGUCCCCUGAAGGUUGUUCUCAGCUGGCAAAACGCUAAAUGUGGGAAAGCACUGGUCCUGCAAGAAAAUGACACCGGAGACAUUUUGUGGGAUGCAUUCGAAGUUCCCGAGCUGGAUAAUUUUCUUAGGAUCCUACGAAUGGAAGAACAACAAUAUCAAUGGCAAAUACGGCAACGAUAUCAUCAGUACAGGUUUUACGUGGACAUGGAACUUCGACGCCGUGGAUACGGUCUGGGCGAAGACCUCGGGGAGCCGCCAACCAUGUCAGCUCCGCCACCUCCUCCGUUGGCCGACUACAACGAGUACGGAACUGGUGACAGCAUGAUAGUCAGUGAUGUUUUCCACACAAUCCGUGAGGACCAGCUGUUACCGUCAACGCUCCGGUCUAAAGAGGAAUCUCCUGUUGGGGAGGUGCACGACCCCACAUAUGUGAAUUUAAGCUUCCUUAGAGCGCAGCAGAUGGAACAGUCGACGAGGUUAUGA